UCGCUGUUAUUAUUAAAACAGAAGAAGAAGACGGCAGAACUACGAAAGUGCGUUAUUUCAUUUUUAUACAAUUUAAUUUAAUUAGAAAUAUAAGUAAUUGAACUAUAGGCAUUCGUGAAAUAAAUGUAACAAUAAAAACAAAAAAUUGCUUAACCGUGCGACGCGUAAAUGGCGAAAAAUUGACUUGGAAUAUAACUGCCAACAACAACAUCCACAGCAGCAGCAACCCACAACAACAACACAGCAACAACAACGCAAUUGUGAUAGACAAAGAAAUAGAUUAAGAAGGGGGAAAACGAAACAGCAAGGCCCAACAACCAAAUCAAAUAACGCAAAACAAAAAAAAAAACGCAACAUAUUUAAAUAUUAAGCAUAUCGCCUGAGUUUUUUGUGCAGCUUUUGCACAGCUCUGAUUUUUUUGAUACGCAACACAAUCUGAAAAUAAAAAGAAGGAAAGGAAAAGAUCCAACGAAAAAGUCGAAAGUAAUGCGAUAAAAAUAAAAAUAAGUUUAAACAUAAUUAUAGGAGGAGGGAAAACGCUGGCAGUAACACAGAACGAGCAAAAUAAGACGCAUAAAGAGUAAAAGGAGAAUCUAAAACUAGCGUUCGUGUUCGUGCUCGUGAGUGUUUUCAAUUGAUUAAAAUCAAAACACACGGAAAAACUACAAACAAAACCCCGCACACAUACAUACAAGUAAAAAAAUACACUCAGAAAGGCGGGCCAGUGAAAAUUGAUUAAGGAUUACAAGACCCUCAACGCAAGGUGGCAGAGCCACACACAUAAACUCUCACUCACCCACACUGAUGCACUUGUAUGAAUUUAAAAAGCAUUAGCACUGCCAAACAAAGAGGAAGAGAAGAAGAGAACAAGCAGCAAAGUGUAGAGAGAGGAGGAGGUGGAGGACGACCCCAGCAACAACAGUUGGAGCUUCAACAUAGACAGACAGUUGCCACAUGAUGUUGUACGUAUACCAUGUGGACGUCGGUCGCAUGCUGAGCUUCGAUAUGACCGUUGCUUUGUCUUCGGUGGAGAAUUUAAAGGAGACAAUUCAGCGGUUACACGGGCUACCCGCUGCCAAUAUUGUGCUGCUUGUGAGCGGCGGCGAGAUGCUGACACACUCCACACAGGUUUCGUGCUACUCCGCAGGCACCGAUACCAAUCCCAUUUUCAUGUUUCUUACCGGCGACGAGAGAGUGGGCCCAACGAUAGCGAGCGGUGGUUCGGGCGGAAACACAGCUAGUGCAGCGGCAGAUGCUGCCGAUGCGGAGCUUCGACGCUUGGUGGACGAGAGUCAGAAAUUGCCUGCGGUACUGGAGACAGUUCGGCAGCGAGCGGCUCUAGCGCAGCAUAUGCGCGAGCUUGGCCGCAAGGAAGAGCUGCAGUGUGAGCGAUUGGUCCAUGAGCAACAUCUUCAGCAGCAGGGGUGGUCCGCAGUGGUGGCCAAUAUGGAGGACUUGACAACUGAAUUUGGUGAACGCUUCCAAAACUUUUGCCUGGCUUUCGACCGGCAUUUGCAGCAACGGGAGAGCUACCUAGAGCUGUUGUGUAAUUUUAACGAAGAUCUCAAGCAGCUGGAAAGGAUACCCAUACUACCAGCACUGAUGUCGCAGGCUCAGGCGGAUUUUCAUGGGUUUGAUGAGCUACUCAAUAACGAAGAUGUCGAUCAGCUGACAACAGAGACAGAUUUGGCUGAGCGUGGAACGGAGAGUGUAGAGAAAAGCAGUAGCAGCACAUCUCCCAACAAGAAGCUGAAAAUGGGUCACGAACAGUUGGAUCAAAGCGAAGAACAAUCCAACUCCAACUCUAAGUUGUUGCAACAACAACAACAACAUCAACUCAAUCUACUUCAGUGGAUAAGCUCGAAGGGCAAUCAUGCUGCGCUCCAGCAAAUGUGUGAUGAAUGCGUUCAGGGACUAAACACCUUCUCCGAAGACAUAUACGAGAAGCUCAAGCUCGAGGUGCAGAACAUCAUCAAGAUGGCCAAGCAGAGCGAUGUAAAGGAGAUCAAAGGCUUAAGUGAUCGUCUGUAUCGUCUCGACGAGUUUAAGUAUAAGAUCAAGAAGAUUGUCCAAGAUCAGCGAGAGCAAGCGACUGCUCUGCAACAGAAUGAGUCGCGUGCGCUCAAUCUUCGUGACAAUUCGGUGCUGCCUGAUCUGUGCCUCUCGCAUCGCUCUCAGCUUCUUGUGAUGCGUGAUAACCACAUUAAAAUACGUGAAUAUAGUCGCCUUAUAGCCAACUCUAAGGAGGAACUCGGCCGCAAUUUGAAUGCGCGUCUACGUCGCAUCGUCUACAUUGAAAAUGGAAUGAGCGAUUAUGAUAACCGUUUGCUCUUUUACCAUCGUUGCCUGCGUCGUGCUGAGCGUCACAUUAGCAUCAUUGAACAGAUCCAUCAAGCGCCAAGCAUUUAUGUGGCGGCUGUUACGGAGGUCGUUCGUCGCAAGAUUUUUUCAGAUGAGUUCCGGGUAUGGGCAUCGCGACUGUCGGUAGAUUUCGAUCGCAUUCACAGUGAGGAGCUGCAAAGGCGGCGACUUUUUAAUGACAGCUUUGAUGGUCACUUUUUAAAUAUUCUUUUUCCGGGCAUGGCUGAUAUGCCGCCCACGUUUGCUAAUGAGCAUCCAGAGCUGAGCUUUGAUACCCGUCUACCACAGCUUGGACGCUCCGAUAUUGAGUUACUGUCUGCACAGUUACCUGAUCUGGCAAGUCAACUCCAGUUACCAAAUAUGGCGCCUGUUUUGGAGUUCUUUGUGCAGCGGCACGAUGUGAUGCAACCAGAGCAAAUUGAGCCAAAGGAACUGCAGUUACAGUCUGAGCAGUUUGAAGUGGCUACUGUAGUUGACAAACAAACUGUGAGCACCUCAACAAGCUUGCAUGUGGAGCAGAUAGCGCGUAGCACCGCAACAGAUCCACGGCUGAUGCUGAGCGCUAGCACACUGACAGAUGAUAAUGCGGAGAGUUUACAACGACUGCGAGACGCUCUGAACGCUAUGUCCAAGUUGGCGUUACAGUGUCUGACAUUGGCGCGUUCCAAUCUGAGUAGCCUUCGCACCGAAUUAGAGCGUGGCUACCAAGACGAGCUAAUGUCGGGCCUGGCGCUGAUGCAGGAACAGUGGCAGCUGUUGUUCAUGAAGUGGAAGCAACAAGAAAAACAGCAGGCGGAACAAUUGGAGCAAAUGCGUCAACAGCUGUUAGCGGCGGAAGACGAUAAAGUGAAAGCCGUGACGCAGGCACGCGAGCAGCUGAUACACGAACACAAAAGGGAGUUGGAAUCGUUGCGCUGUCGAUUUAAGCUGAUGACCUCUAUGGAGCGUUCGCCAUCUGACAGCAGCCUUGAGAAGCUGGAGCGACCUACGAGCAGUUCCAGUGUGUCCAGUCUGGAUGUAGAACAGCUGCUGGCGCAGCAACGCCAAGAUCUGGUUGCCCAAAAGGAGCGUGCUAUCAGCGAAGCUAUUGAGGCAGAGCGCACGCUUUGGCAGCAGCGAGAGCUCCGAACUCAAAACUCAGAAUCUGUGAUGGCCAAUGUGUCUAUACUGAAAGAUGUGCUGGAGGACAAGGAGCGACAGCUGGACAUCUUACGAGAGCAGAACCGCCUGCUCACACAGGAUACCUUCCAGCUGAAGACACGUCUCGAGAUGCUCACCAAUGAGGAUGGGAACAGCUGGCUAAAAGAGAAGAUUGACUAUCUCAGUCGCGACAAAUCCCGCCUGGAGGAAGAGCUCAAUAUGGAGAAGAGCAAGCGAAUGGAAAUGGAGUCUAGUGUGGCAGCAUUGAAGAGCUCCACUUAUGAGGUGGGCGUUGCAGGCGUUGGCGGCACAUUAACGCGCUCAAAAUCAAGUGUCUCCUCGUCAUCAAAUCAUCGUCACAUUACUCUCGAGAGCUGCGGCAAGGGUGAUUUGGUGUUUGUUAUUUGGAGCAUACGACAUUCACAGUUUAUGGUGGUGCAGGACUCGCAAACCCUGUACUUCGUACAUGCGGAUAGCUUGGCCGCCCUCCAGUUGACGGCACCAAUGACACAGGCACCCUCACACUCGCCAUCAGGUACCUCUACCGAUGUUCCUUUGGCUAUCGCAGAGCGCAAUCACAUACCCCUACCAUAUUACGCCAUCGGACGAAUUAUUGAUAAAGAGUACUGCCAAGCACGCAAGGAUGAGAAUCGUUAUCGAGUCAGCAAGGGUUCCAAGUUCUACCGCAUCAAGCUGGCGCCUGUGCCCUCAAGAUAUCCGCAGCGUCGCGACCGUUUGGAAUCCACAUCUUCCGUUGGCAUCAUUAGCAGACCUCAGUUAGCAGCGACGUUACGGGAUGUGAUGGAUGUGCCUAGCUCUACGAGUAUUGCUGGUAGCAGCAUAUAUCAAAGCUUCAAAGAGCGUACAGUGAGCAUCUCUAGUGUCAACGAGGAGGACGACGAGUCAGCCUCGCUGCUCAGCGAGCGUUGUCGAUACGUUAGCGUUAGCGAGGAGGAUGAAUUGCUGGCGCUUGCCACUUCUGCUGCAGAAGCAAUAACAGCAGGAACAGCAAUAGCAACAAUAACAGCAACAACAAUAACAGAAACGGCAGUGAUAGCAGCGACGGCAACUCAAGCACAGUCUGUGAUAACAGAGCAGCCAACGGCGUCAAGAAAACUAAAAUUGGAUCUACUGUUGGCCUCUGCUGAUAUAAUAACACAAUCCCAAACACAACAACAACAACCAACAAGACAAAAAAAACAGAGUGAGGAGCAUUCAAAGGAAUCAAUACUGUCAGAACCUGAAACCAAACAGUUUUCGGACUUAAAACCCAUACAGCUGACCGAUGAGCCAGUUAUUUUACAUGUGCCCCCAGCUACACCAAUAACAACAGUUGAUGCUGCUUCUUCAGAAGUUGUUGUUGUUGCUGUGGAGCCAUCAACCACUGGCACGGCUAACAUAAGUGAGGAUUCGGAUGAGUAUCGUUCACUGGAGGGUAAGGAUGAGGUCGAUUUGUCCGUUUCCGAAUAG